AUGCACUUCAAGAGCCUAGCCAUCUUUGCCGCCCAGGCGGCCGCGGUCGCCCUGCCCGACCCAGACCCCUCGCAGGUCUACGGCGCACUCCCAAAGGUCCAGCAGCGGAGCGCGAACCAGCGACGAGCGGCUUGCAACGUCGACAACGUCCUCCGGAACCUGCGCGACAAGCGCUUCAGCUCCAGCGCGAGCGACUUUUGCUCGACGUACAUCCGGUCCACCGUCACGCAGACGGCGUACGCCUCUACCGAGCACCAGACAGUGACGGCCACGCCUGUUGAGACCGCCUUCGCCACGACCACCGUCACGCAGUUUUUGACCCCGGGCAGGCACACCACCUACGUAUAUACGACCAACGACGACCCGCGGUACAACUGGAAGCGCGAUGCCCCGGCGUAUCCCACCUGGCUGCCGGCGUCCUACGAACCCUCGCGGGUGAGCAGCGCUUGCUCCUGCUUCAUCACGAGCCCAGCGGCUCCCAUCCAGGAGACUGUGUCCGCCACAGGCGUCCAGACGGUGACUGAUACAAAUGUCGCCCCCACCGUGACGACGACCAUCUUCUCCACGGUCAAGACCCAAGUCCUCACCGUCCCGACCAUCACCGCCACGGUCGGCAUUGAGUGUGGCCUCAGGGGCUGCACCUCCGAAGACUACGUCCUCAUGUCCAGGAACGAAAACGUGUUUGAGGACUGCGUCGGCCUCUGCGCCCAAUGGGGCAAUUGCGUGUCGCUCCAGUGGAACGCCGUCGACAGCGUAUGCAACCUCCUCAAGGAGAACGCCACGGUCGCCUACAACACGGGCACGCCCGAUAAUCUCGCGUACUGCCGAAACUUUCAGAUAUACGACUGGCAGUGCGUCCUGAAAGACAAGUUUGACGUGUAG